AGUCUCGUUGAGCAUGAGAUUGUAGUUGGAGGCUGGAACAGACUUGCAUAAAUCAUUGAGCAAUCUGUUUUGCCUGCUGAAUCCACAGCUCUCUCUGUCUGAUUGUGUGUCAUUCUCCAGUUUCUGCUUCUGUUUAGAGGUUCAAGGAUACAAAGAUAAAAUGCGCUUGAUUACCCAAAGCUGGGUCCUGUUUUUGUGGAUGUAUCUGCUGGCGCUUGUGAAAAGUCAAAAAUGUACACGUGAACAGUUUUUUAGUGGCGACUUGUUUGAUUCCAAUUUUGACACAACUGGUCUGGAGGCCAUCUACCCUAAUGGAAAACAAGUGAGAGUGGGCUGCAAUGUUGGCUACAGGGGAUUUUUCAAGUUGAUAUGUAAGGAAGGACAAUGGGAUUCAAGAGGCAAGCCAUGUGAACCGAGAACAUGUGGCCAUCCCGGUGAUGCCCAGUUUGCAGAUUUUCAUCUGGAAAAUGGAGACGAUUUUGUCUUUGGGUCACAAGUUGUUUUCACCUGCCAUAAAGGUUAUCAAAUGGUCAGUCGCAAAAGCUACCGGCGUUGCAUGGCUGACGGCUGGGAUGGUGUGGUUCCGGUCUGUGAAGCACAACAGUGCCCAGUGAUUAAUGUGGAUAACAAUGUCCAGGUGAUUGGGGACCCAGAUGAAUCCACCUUUGGCAAUGUAGUUCGAUUCACCUGCAAGUCCAGCACUGAAAUCCUGUAUGGGUCAGCAGAAAUGUAUUGUGAUGAAAAUGGAGAGUGGCGUGGCAACGUUCCUAAAUGCAAAGAGGUAAAAUGUACAGUACCCAUUUUUGAACAUGGUUUUGUGCGUGGAAAGAUUCAAGAGUACAAAGAACACGAAAUCCUGCCCUUUGGGUGUGAUGCUAGAUAUAAAAGCAUUGACGUACGACCUUCAAAAUGCACCAAACGAGGAAUAACAGCAGAAUGGAGCCCUACCCCUGCAUGUGAAUCAAUAGUAUGUAGACUGCCACCGCCACUGGAGGGAACCAAUUAUGAACCGACUUCCAAUAAUGUGUUUAUACCUGGUGACACAGUGAGAGUCAUUUGUGGAAAUAAGCACUGGAUUUCUAACCUUUGGGACACCUCAGCUGAAGCUACAUGCAAAGAGAAUGGAGACUGGACUUUACGACCAGUAUGCCAAGAGGUUACAUGCAGCAAUCGAAGACCGCCACAUGUGAAUUACUGGACUGUCAAAUGGGGUCAACAAAUAAAAAUGGAUGAUACUGUAACAUAUUCAUGUCAGUGGGGCUACAAGAAGACAGAUGGUGCCACCAAUGCCUCGUGCACCAGAAAUGGAUGGGUACCAAAUAUAUUUUGUCAAGAGAUAACAUGCAACCGUCAAGAUUUCCAGAAUGCAAACAUUGUUCAAAGAAAUAAUCGGAACAUAUACAAGAAAAAUGAACGGGUCAAUUAUAUCUGCAAGAAUGGUUAUGAGGGACGUUUUACCCUAACCUGUGGGGAAAAAGGUUGGACCAGGAAUGAACAAUGUAGGAAAUUGUGUAAACCACUUCACAUUGACAAUGCACAAAUUACCCACAAUGAAAAGAACAUUUACAGGCUCGAUGAACAUGUUCGGUAUACAUGCAGGAACGAUGCCCAAAGAGAUUUUAUUGUUACCUGUGAGGAAAGAGGGUGGACUGGGAUAAAGAACUGUUCAGAAUGUCAAGCCGCUGACGAACCACAUGGAAUUGUAGCUGGUCCAUACAAUGACACACUGUACUACAGCUGCAAAAUAGGUUACAAACUUUCUACCAAAGGCUGGUGGGUUGAGGCCAAAUGUACUGAUGGCGUGUGGUCUGGAUUUAAAGGUUGCAUCGCUAAUACGAUGUGUGGAAACGUUCCUGAGAUUCCUAAUGGAAGAGUGACACCAUGUGAGAAAUCUAAAGAUGCCCAGAUUACUUGUGAAGAUGGAUACCACGCACAGGUUACCAGUUUAACCUGUCACGAUGGAAAAUGGCUUUCAGAGGGAGUCUCCCCCGAAACAUUCUGUAAACUAACUGCCGUUUCUUGCAACCCCCCACGAAAAGUUGACAAUGCUUUAAUUGUGGAUUCAUAUCAGAAGGAAUACUUGUCUGACUCCACAGUAACAUAUCAGUGCCGUGAUAAGUAUAUUAUAUUGGAUCAUGAAGAUACAAUUCAGUGCAAAGAGGGCCAAUGGGAGGAGAAAAACAUUAUGUGCACACCAUACUGUGACAAGCUCAAAGAUGAGUCAAUUAACUUCACCGCAGACAAAGAAAGAUAUAUGGAUGGGGAUGUCAUUGAGUAUCAAUGUGUCUUAUAUGGAAUUGAAGGCAAUGCAACAUGUAACAAUACUGAGUGGAAUAAAUCAGAAGACUGUAAAGGUUGUGAACAACUUCAGAUUGACAAUGCACACAUUACCCACAAUGAAAAGGAAACUUACAGGAUCAAUGAACAGGUUCAGUAUACAUGCAGGAACGAUGCCAAAGGAGUUUUUAAUGUUACCUGUGAGAAAACAGGCUGGACUGGGAUGGUUGACUGUCCAGUUUGUGAACAACUUCACAUUGACAAUGCAGAGAUUACCCACAAUGAAAAGGAAACUUACAGGAUCAAUGAACCGGUUCAGUAUGCAUGCAGGAACGAUGCUGAAUUAGUUUUUACUGUUACCUGUAAGCAAACAGGCUGGACUGGGAUAGUUGACUGUCCAGGUUGUGAACAACUUCAGAUUGACAAUGCACACAUUACCCACAAUGAAAAGGAAACUUACGGGAUCAAUGAACAGGUUCAGUAUGCAUGCAGGAACGAUGCCAAAGGAGUUUUUAAUGUUACCUGUGAGCAAACAGGAUGGACUGGGAUGGUUGACUGUCCAGUUUGUGAACAACUUCACAUUGACAAUGCAGAGAUUACCCACAAUGAAAAGGAAACUUACAGGAUCAAUGAACCGGUUCAGUAUGCAUGCAGGAACAACGCCGAAGUAUUUUUUACUGUUACCUGUAAGCAAACAGGCUGGACUGGGAUAGUUGACUGUCCAGGUUGUGAACAACUUCAGAUUGACAAUGCACACAUUACCCACAAUGAAAAGGAAACUUACGGGAUCAAUGAACAGGUUCAGUAUGCAUGCAGGAACGAUGCCAAAGGAGUUUUUAAUGUUACCUGUGAGCAAACAGGAUGGACUGGGAUGGUUCACUGUCCAGUUUGUGAACAACUUCACAUUGACAAUGCAGAGAUUACCCACAAUGAAAAGGACACUUACAGGAUCAAUGAACCGGUUCAGUAUGCAUGCAGGAACGAUGCUGAUUUAGUUUUCACUGUUACCUGUAAGCAAAAAGGCUGGACUGGGAUAGUUGACUGUCCAGGUCCAACCCACAGCGAUGUUGAGUCUGUUCGUGUUCCAAAGAAGUCUCACUAAAAAUGUCAUGUGUGCAUUAUUCCUCCUGAUGACUCGGCUUGAUACAUUAUACAUAAUCUUUGAACAUAUCAUCUUUGGACAUUGAAUGACUGAAUCACGCAUCUGUGAAAUUAAUUAAUUUGAAAUUAUCAUAAUCAUAUUGAAUAAAAGACAAUAUCAUUUCAACAGCUAU